AUGGAGGAGACACUCAGGAACAAGUGCGCAGCGUGCUAUAGACAGUUUAACAAAAUGGAGCACCUGGUGGAGCACAUGAGGACCUCAUAUCACUCGGUUCAUGAACCAAUGUGUGGAAUUUGUAGGAAACAUUGUCGAUCAUUUGAGUCCUUGAGGGAGCAUCUUAUAGGGCCAUUGCCAAAGGCAGAAUGUGAAAGGAUAUUCAAGGAUCGAGGUUGUGAUAUUUGCUUAGCCAUCCUUAGCAACCGUAAUGCUCUUAGGUUUCACCGCGAGACAUGCCAACUCUCACGAGUAAACCCUGGUGUACUUUAUCGCAUGGCUAACCUGGGCACUCAUGAGGACCUGAGGAUGGAUGGUAGAGCAAGAGUGGUUGCACUUGCUUGCAAAAUGGUUGGUGGAGGGAGUGAUGGCUCACUGGACCUUUGUGGAAGGGUUUGCCUCAUUGAUGAAUAUGAAAACAUCAUCUUUCACACAUAUGUCAAACCCUACCUUCCAGUCACAAACUAUAGGUAUGAAACAACCGGCAUUAGGCCAGAAAUGUUAAGGGAUGCAAUGCCACUGAAGCAAGUCCAGAGGAAGAUCCAAAACUUCUUAUGCAAUGGGGAAACCAUAUGGAAGAUCCGAUCGAGAGGAGGCAAAUCCAGGACCCUUGUGGGUCAUGGCCUGGAUAAUGACCUUAAAAGUCUAGAAUUGGAGUAUCCGCCAACAAUGAUAAGGGACACAGCAAAAUAUCCUCCAUUGAUGAAAACAAGCAAGCUCAGUAAUUCACUCAAGUACCUAACAAAAGCAUACCUCGGGUAUGACAUUCAAAGUGUACAAGAUCCUUACGAGGAGUGUGUGUCUACAAUGAGGCUUUAUUUGAGAAUGAAAUCCCAAGUUCACUUUAUGGAGGCUUACCCACUUGCUGCUGACCCACAGAACCGAAACAACUUUGCACAAUGGAGGCAAAAUGAGCUUGAGAGGAUGAGCCCAGACGAAAUGUUGGACAUUUCAAGGUCCGAUUACUAUUGUUGGUGCUUGGACUCCAAGGAACCUAACUAGGACGCUUAUUAUAUACACCAUCAUUACAGCAACAUAUAUAUAUAUAUAUAUAUAUAUAUAUAUAUAUAUAACAAAUAAAACUUGGAAAUUUUAUUUCCAUUAAAUGGUAA